AUGGUGAUAUCGGUCGGGGCAAGCACAUCACUGGCAAGCACAUCACUCGUUCCCGCAGCCCUUGUUGCAGCUGAUAGACUCAAAAGUUCUUUACCACAGUCGACUGAUACUCUAGCUUCUGCUACUACCACCACCAAUGCUCCUGUACCUGAAGUUACCAUUACUUCAGGAGCGAUUGGCUCUACUCAUCCUUACUACUUUCAUCCUUCUGACUAUCUAGGGAUGAACUUUGUGUCCUUAACUUUUGAUGGAAAAGGAUACGGAGGUUGGAGAAGGGCAGUCAUUAUUGCCUUGUCUGCAAAGAUCAAGCUGGGAUUUAUCGAUGAUACCCUGGUUGUCCUUAAGGCUGAUUCAGGAAUCCAACAAGCUUGGGCUAGAUGCAAUGCUAUGGUACUUUCAUGGCUGCUCAACUCCUUGUCCAAAGAGAUAGCUGAUAGUGUUCUCUAUUCGCAGAGUGCAAAGGAUUUAUGGAAUGGCCUGGAAGACAGAUUUGGUCAAGCAAAUGGAGUAAAGUUAUUCCAACUACAAAAGGAAUUAAGUUCAGCGGUGCAAGGAAAUUCAAGUGUGUCAACUUACUUCACCAAAAUGAAGAGCCUAUGGGAUGAACUAGAUGCACUCAACACAUUUUCUGCUUAUAUUUGUGAGUAUGAGAAACAGGGGGAGAUACAUGCUACCCCUGCAUACUUAGGGGAACCAACCUCAUUCAUUGUUGCAAACCAACCAGGAAACUUUAGGAAAUUUAAUGAGAACAGGAUGCAAAAAAUAAGUUUUGAAUCUAAGAAAAAUACAGGAAUAUUUUCCUAUAGCAAGAAGCCUGGACAUAGUAUAGACAAGUGCUAUAGGAUUCAUGGGUUUCCAGCAGAUUCCAAGUUCACAAAGAAAAAAAGGUUUCAGGGAGGUGCCCGAGCAAACAACGCUUUCUUUUCAAAUGAGGAAAGUGAAGAUGGAGCAGAAAAUGCAACAGGAGUUUAG